UGGAAACCAUUUCCUGUUACCCAGAGAACAUGGAGGCCAAGGAGCUGAGACGGAUCCUUACACAGCCGCACUUCAUGGCACUGCUGCAGACCCACGAUGUGGUGGCUCAUGAGGUCUACAGCGAUGAGGCACUGAGGGUGACCCCCCCGCCCACUUCACCUUACCUGAACGGUGACUCUCCAGACAGCACCAGUGGAGACAUGGACCUGGAGAAUGUCACCAGGGUUCGCCUGGUCCAGUUUCAGAAGAACACUGAUGAGCCCAUGGGCAUUACUCUGAAAAUGAAUGACCUUAACCACUGUAUCGUGGCUCGCAUCAUGCACGGUGGAAUGAUUCAUCGACAAGGGACGCUGCAUGUGGGAGAUGAGAUUCGAGAGAUUAAUGGCAUCAGCGUUGCCAAUCAGACGGUAGAACAGCUCCAAAAGAUGCUGAGAGAAAUGAGGGGUAGUAUCACCUUCAAGAUUGUACCCAGUUAUCGGUCCCAGUCUGUAUCUUGCGAGAAAGAGUCACCAGAUUUGUCCCAACAGUCGCCUGCAAAUGGUCACGCUAGUGUCACAAGCUCCAUCUUGGAUCUGCCAUCAAUGAUUCAGCCCAAAGGCCGUCAGAUCUCCAGAUCUGCUAUCAAGGACAAAUUGUCCAUCAAGAUUUAUGUACGUGCUCAGUUUGAGUAUGAUCCAGCAAAAGAUGACCUCAUCCCAUGCAAGGAGGCAGGCAUUCGCUUCCGGGUGGGUGACAUCAUUCAGAUCAUCUCUAAAGAUGAUCACAACUGGUGGCAGGGAAAGUUGGAGAACACCAAGAAUGGCACAGCAGGCCUCAUUCCCUCACCUGAGCUACAGGAGUGGCGUGUGGCAUGUAUAGCAAUGGAGAAGACCAAACAGGAACAGCAGGCCAGUUGUACCUGGUUUGGCAAGAAGAAGAAACAGUACAAGGACAAGUACCUGGCCAAGCACAAUGCAGUGUUCGAUCAACUAGACCUGGUGACAUAUGAGGAAGUGGUCAAAUUGCCAUCAUUCAAAAGGAAAACACUGGUUUUGCUUGGCGCACAUGGAGUCGGUAGGAGGCACAUCAAGAACACGCUCAUUACCAAACAUCCUGACCGCUUCGCCUACCCCAUCCCUCACACAACUCGUCCUCCUAAGAAGGAUGAGGAGAACGGAAAGAACUACUACUUCGUCUCUCACGACCAGAUGAUGCAGGACAUCAGCAACAACGACUACUUGGAGUACGGCAGCCACGAGGACGCCAUGUACGGGACCAGGCUGGAAACGAUCAGGCAGAUCCACACACAGGGAAUGGUCGCCAUCCUGGACGUGGAGCCACAGGCUCUAAAAAUCCUCAGGACAGCUGAGUUUGCUCCAUAUGUCGUCUUCAUCGCAGCUCCCACCAUGACCCCUGGCAUGACGGAGGAUGACUCUCUUCAGCGGCUCCAGAAGGAAUCAGAGAUGCUACAGAGGACCUAUGCCCACUACUUUGACCAGACCAUCAUCAACAACGAGAUCGACGACACUAUCCGCCUGCUGGAGGAGGCUGUAGACCUGGUGUCCACCACUCCUCAGUGGGUCCCUGUCUCCUGGGUCUACUGACGUGCAGUGUUGGGUCCCUGACUCAACACGGAUGUUAAACUACGAUCAAACCCCCUCGAAUCACGUCUCAUCAGUCACAUUUCUGUAGAUAAACGGCCGUUGAAAAAGAAUGAAAUGAAAAAAAAAAAAAAAA